GGAGGGUUGUGCAGCUGGAUUAUUCUUUUUUUUAUCUCUCCUUUGAAAAAGCAAAAUGGUUGAUUGGGAAGGCCAUACAUUUCUUGUAAUUUCCCAGGGGAAUGUGUUGUGUGUGUUUCAGUUUGACAAUGUGGUAAGGCCAGAAAUGGUGACAUCCUCACCCUGCAGAAUAUAUGUGAGAUAAUAAGGGACCUAACCUCUGACAAACUCAGCCUUUAAGCUUGUUUUGGUAGCAGGGAGGGUGGGGUCAUCUUUAGCAGAGUGGUGGGUGCUGGAAAGAGGGAAAACUCAAGAGGAGAACAAGCCAACUAGGAGAGGCGGGAGGCGAGAGAACAAAGGAAGCCAUAUGAAAACUUCAUAUUUAUGCCAAGGAAAUCAUACAUGAAAAUAAGGGCUGGGGUUUUUUUAAUAAAAAAUCUAAAAUGCUAACGUUCCAGGUUGUCUCACUUAAGAGGUUAUCUCUGAAGGACUUAAAGUUAUAUAUAAAUUAACUCAGAAUUAGUAAUUUCCUUCUUUUUGUAAGGAAAUAUCACUUUCCCAAGCAAACCAAUGAAAUAUUUUAAACCUUGUACAGCCUGGACGUUUGGAGCACUGAAUGUUACAUGUCUGCAAUAUGUAAAAGGUACCUGAGGAUAAAAAUUCAUGCUGUUUUUAUUGACCAGUUGGGAACAUGUCUGUUUUCCUGUCUCCUGGAAUAUAUACAAGGAGUGAAACUUCUCUCCAAACAAAUGUAGUAUAAGCUUUCAAAUUUCUGUUCUGCUGUUGAGUAGCUGUUGAUUGAGGGGUUAUGUGGCAGGUUUUCACAAAGGCAAGAUUUUGAAGCAAAAUAUUAGAUGUGCAAAAAUAGAUGGCUUUCAAAGCAGAGGUUAUAGGCAACCCACCCAUUCCUAGGAUGGCCUGUUAAAUCCACAGGUCUGUCCAACCAUAAAUAAAUUGUGCUUUGUUACUUGAUUGACUGAACAUAGAAUCACAACCAAAUUGCACGUGCUCAGAGGAGCACAGCCACCUUUGCAAAUGGGAGUCCAGAGUCUGCAUUGCAUUUUGAGCAGCCCCUAAAUUGUGUCGGUUUGAAGAAAGAGCAAAACGAAGCGUGCCCCUCUUUUUCUCUAAUCCAAGAUGGUAGCAAACAUUGUUGUACCACUGUUUCCAUUGUUUCGAAGCUGAACACCGACUCUACAAUGAGCUAUUUGCCAAUUACAACAACAUCAUCAGGCCUGUGGAGAAUGUGUCUGACCCGGUCAUGAUUUCGUUCGAGGUGUCCCUAUCGCAACUCGUAAAGGUGGACGAAGUGAACCAGAUUAUGGAGACUAAUUUAUGGCUGAGACAUAUGUGGAACGAUUACAAGCUGAAAUGGAAUCCAGAGAAGUAUGGAGGUGUUCAGUUUAUUCGAGUGCCAUCGCAGAAGAUCUGGAAGCCAGAUAUUGUGCUAUAUAACAAUGCUGUUGGAGACUUCCAGGUGGACGACAAAACCAAAGCAUUGUUGAAUUAUACCGGGAAUGUGACUUGGAUGCCACCAGCUAUUUUUAAGAGCUCGUGUAAAAUAGACGUGACAUACUUUCCAUUUGACUACCAGAACUGCACCAUGAAGUUUGGCUCCUGGUCCUACGACAAAGCCGAGAUUGACUUGGUUCUCGUUGGCUCCACUAUGAACCUCAAGGACUAUUGGGAGAGCGGAGAGUGGGCCAUCAUUAAGGCACCAGGCUACAAACAUGACAUCAAGUACAACUGCUGUGAAGCCGUGUACACAGAUAUCACCUAUUCCCUUUAUAUCAGGCGGCUGCCCUUGUUUUACACCAUCAAUAUGAUCAUCCCAUGCCUCUUGAUCUCCUUCUUAACCGUGUUGGUGUUUUAUCUGCCUUCCGACUGUGGUGAGAAAGUGACGCUGUGCAUCUCGGUCCUUUUGUCCUUGACUGUUUUCCUACUGGUGAUAACAGAGACCAUUCCUUCAACCUCUCUAGUGAUUCCACUGAUUGGGGAGUACCUCCUCUUCACCAUGAUAUUUGUCACUCUCUCCAUAGUCAUUACGGUGUUUGUGCUCAAUGUACACUACAGGACACCAAGGACGCACACCAUGCCUGAGUGGGUGAAAACCAUCUUCCUGAACUUUCUCCCCAGGAUCAUGUUCAUGACCAGGCCCACCAGUGAAUCAGAUGACGGUGGCCAGGACUCAAAGCCGUCUUACAACACGGAGCUCUCUCCCUUGGACUGCUUUGGCGGCACAGAGACCAGGUGCUACAAAGACAGCCUCCCGUGCCAAGAAACGACCUGUGUUUGCUACCAACACCAACACAUAAAAUAUGUCAAGGUGAACAGCAACCUGACCCAGAGCUCCAGUUCUGAAUCUGUAGACGCUCUGCUUUCGUCUUUGGUAGUAUCGCCAGAAAUGAGAGAUGCGAUCGAGAGCAUUAAAUACAUUGCAGAAAAUAUGAGAAUGCAAAAUGAAGCCAAGGAGACUCAAGAUGACUGGAAAUACGUCGCCAUGGUCAUUGAUCGCAUUUUCCUGUGGGUAUUUAUUCUUGUGUGCAUUCUGGGGACAGCAGGACUAUUCUUGCAACCGCUAAUGGUUGGAGAUGAAGUAUAGGCGAUAUUCCCCUGUAAAAAAAUCUAUUUCCUGUUUGCUGUCCAAACGUCUUACCUGCUCUCUCUUUAUGUUAAAGUAAUUAUUCCUAUGUCUUUCAGUAGUGGAGUAAAGAUACUUAAACAUUAGGCUAGAUUCAGCCACCUUCCA